CGGGGGGAGAGAGUGACUGAGUAGAGCAGGAUCCAUCCGUCGCCAUUACUGACUGGAGUGAGAGGGGAGGGAGCGCGGCUCGGAUUACAUACCACGCUAAAACACGAAAAAAUAAAUAAAAACAGCAUUUUUUGGAAUCUGAGAGGAUUUGUUUUAUGUUGGGUUGCGGCACAAACGGUUGAAAAGUACGCCCGUUUCCAAGACGCGAUCGAAUCCUGGAGAAUAUAAUUUGAAAAGAAGACACAAGAAUGCUACCGCUUUUUCGUGGUGUCGGGAGCUGGGAGCGACCAUGUUAGGAAGGUGAUAAGAGGGGAGUAGCAGCUGCCCCCAACCCAGCGCGAGGAUCCAGCGGAGAGGAAGAGAAGGGAACCGGCCAGUCCACUGAAAGCCAUGGGCGCACACCUCUUCUAACCCCGCCCCCCUUUCUCUCCCGCCCAGAUGGGAGUAGAACGAUAGCCCUGCUGGAAAAUACUUUGCUGAAUGUGAUAGAGCAAUGAGAGGGGGGAUAUAAUGGCAAAGAACAAGGAACCCCGCCCCCCGACGUACGCUGUGAGCGUGGUGGGGCUCUCAGGGACUGAAAAGGAGAAGGGCAACUGUGGCGUGGGCAAAUCGUGCCUGUGCAACAGGUACGUGCGUCCCAAGGCGGACGAUUAUUACCUGGAGCACACCUCCGUGUUGAGCACAAUAGACUUUGGAGGGCGUGUGGUGAACAAUGACCACUUCCUGUACUGGGGCGACGUGCAACACAGGGGCGACGAUGGCCUGGAAUGCAAAAUCCAGGUCAUCGAACAGACUGAAUUUAUCGAUGAUCAGACUUUCCUGCCCCAUCGGAGCACAAAUCUACAACCCUACACCAAACGGGCGGCGGCCUCUAAGCUGCAGUCCGCCGAGAAAUUGAUGUACAUUUGCACAGACCAGCUGGGCUUGGAGCAGGACUUUGAACAGAAGCAGAUGCCCGAUGGGAAACUGAACAUUGAUGGCUUUGUCCUAUGCAUAGAUGUCAGCAAGGGCUGCAAUAGAAAAUUUGAUGACCAGAUGAAAUUUGUCAAUAGCUUGUACUCACAAAUGUCUAAGUCAAAAAAGCCCAUCAUCAUUGCUGCCACAAAGUGUGACGAAUGUGUGGAGCAGUAUCUGAGGGACCUCCAGGCCUAUGCGUCCAACAAAAAGAACUUGUUAGUGGUGGAGACAUCUGCCAGGUACUGCAUUAACGUGGACCUGUGCUUCCAAGCACUGACCCAGCAGAUGGAUAAAACGCGUGGCAAACCCAAAACCAUUCCGUAUUUGGAUGCGUAUAAGAUUCAGAGACAGCUGGUGGCUACAGUCACGGACAAAUUUGAGAAGCUCAUUGUGCAGACGGUCAAAGAUUAUCACACAACCUGGAAAGCUGUGAGUAAUAAGUUAAAAAACCACCCAGACUAUGAGGACUACAUCAACUUGGAAGGCACCAAGAAGGCCAGAAACACUUUCUCUAAGCACAUAGAACAGCUGAAGCAGGAACAUAUCAAGAAAAGGAGAGACGAGUAUUUUUCCAACCUGCCAAAAAUUCUGAAUAACUUGCUCCACAACCUGGAGGAAAUCGAGAAGCUGAGCUGGUCUGAAGCUCAGAACCUUCUAAAGAGCAGAGCUGAGUUUCAGUUCUGGUUUGUAGAUCUGGAGCACACCCCCUGGGACGAGACGGACCACAUUGACAAAGUCAAUGACCGAAGAGUGCCCUUUGAUCUCCUGAGAACUGUUGAAGGCGAGAGGAUUUAUCAAAACCAUGUCCAGCAUUUGAUCUCUGAGAAAAGGAGGGUGGAGAUGAAGGAGAAGUUCAAGAAGACCCUGGAACGGGUGCAUUUUAUCAGCCCUGGUCAGCCCUGGGAAGAGGUCAUGUGUUUUGUCAUGGAGGAUGAGGCCUACAAGUAUAUCAGCGAAACUGAUCGCAGGGAUGUUUACAGUCGGCACCAACGGGAAAUAGUUGAAAGAGCCAAAGAGGAAUUUCAGGAAAUGCUUUUUGAGCAUGCUGAGCUGUUUUAUGACCUAGAUUUGAAUGCCACCCCCAGUUGUGACAAAAUGAGUGAGAUCCACACAGUGCUCAAUGAGGAGCCCAGAUACAGAGCCUUGCAGAAGCUGGCUCCUGAUAGAGAGUCCCUCUUACUUAAGCACAUUGGGUUUGUCUAUCACCCCACUAAAGAGACCUGUCUUAGCGGCCAAAGCUGCGUGGACAUGAAGGUGGAGCAGAUUCUUGCUAACAGGCUGGUGCAGUUGGACCAUGGCCGAUCUAAUCUGUACCACCAUAGUGCCAACAUUGAUAAAGUCAAUCUGUGUCUCCUGGGCAGAGAAGGUCUUGCACAGGAGCUGGCAAAUGAGAUCAGAGCGCAGUCAACAGAUGACGAGUACACGCUGGAUGGGAAAAUCUACGAACUGGAACUCUUCCCCGUUGAUGUCAAUUCACCGUUGCUUUUGACCCAUUCUUGGGCAUCGACCUUCAAACCUCACGGUUGUUUCUGUGUCUUCAGCUCCAUAGAGUCCCUAAAUUUUAUCGGUGAUUGUGUGGGGAGGAUCCGAGCUGAGCUUAGUCAAUACAGGAGGGACAGAUAUGCCCCGCCCUUGCCAUUUAUUUUAAUCUUAGCUAACCAGAGAGACAGCGUUUGCAAAAACAUGCCCAUCUUGAGGCAUCAGGGCCAACAGCUAGCUAAUAAGCUACAGUGUACCUUUGUAGAUAUACCCUCGGGUACCUUUCCACGGAAGUUUAAUGAAUCCCAGAUAAAACAGGCCCUUAGAGGAGUACUAGAGGGACUUAAGCACAACUUUGAUGUAAUGAGCCCUCUACCCUCCAUCAAAGACUUGUCCGAGACUGACUUGAGGAUUGUUAUGUGUGCCAUGUGUGGAGAUCCAUUCAGUGUGGACCUCAUUUUGUCACCUUUCCUGGACUCCCAUUCUUGCAGUGCUGGCCAGCCUGGUCAAAGCAAUACUCUGGUCCUGGAUAAGAUCAUUGGGGACAGCCGCCGGCGGAUACAGGUCACGGUCCUCUCCUACCACUCAUCGAUUGGAAUCAGGAAAGAUGAGCUGGUCCAUGGCUAUAUCCUUGUCUACUCAGCUAAGCGCAAGUCCUCCAUGGCUAUGUUGAGGGCCUUCUUGGCUGAGGUCCAGGACGUCAUCCCGGUACAAAUGGUAGCCAUCACUGACAGCCAGGCUGACUUCUUUGAAAACGAUGCCAUCAAAGAGCUGAUGACUGAGGGGGAGCACAUUGCCACAGAGAUCACAGCCAAAUUCACAGCACUGUAUUCACUAUCCCAGUACCACCGACAGACAGAGGUAUUCACACCAUUUUUCAAUGAAGUUUUGGAAAAGAAGCUGAGUAUUGAAGGCUCCUUCAUGUUUGACAGCACCCGUGAGGGCACUUGUGCUAGUGAAGAUGUCUUCCCACAGUCUCCUCACUGCCACUCGCCUGCCUACCCAUAUUACCCUGACUCGGAGGAUGACACAGAGGCCCCGCCUCCCUAUAGUCCUAUUGGUGAUGACGUGCAGCUUCUGCCCACACCGAGCGAACGCACAAAGUACCGGAUUGAUCUGGAAGGGAAUGAGUACCCCAUCCACAGCACACCAGUGGGUGACCACGAGCGGAACCACAAAGUGCCGCCUCCCGUCAGGCCCAAACCUGUUCUCCCCAAGCCCAAUGUGAAAAAGCUUGACCCCAACCUACUGAAGACUAUCGAGGCGGGCAUGAGGAGCACCCGAAGGGCACGUGGCCAUGGUGAUGACGUGGAGGCCUCCGACAACUACGCCGAACCGGCCGACACACUCCUCAAGUCUAAGGGCUUCAACGAUGACAUUUACGCAGUCCCGGAGGACACCCCAAGCCGCCUCAAGAUGCGCAACUCGUUUGGUGGGGUGCACGGUCCGCACGGGGACGAGGAGAAUGGCUUUGAUCGCAUAUCCAAGUUGCAGGGAGGCAGGAGGCCAUCAAAAUACAAGCACCGCUCCAAGACCCUCUUCAGCAAGACUAAAGCUUACCACCGGCGGGCCCACUCGGACGUGAGCGAUGAUGAGUCAGGUCCUGCACUACAGAAGAAAAAGAAGGGCAGAGGCCACCGGGGCAGUGAGGAAGAUCCCCUGCUGUCCCCUGUCGACCCCUGGAAGGGAGGGAUAGACAACCCCGCCAUCACUUCUGAUCCCGAGCAGGACGACAAGAAGACGAAGAAGAAGAAGCCACCAAAGACAAAGGAACCCAAAAAGCCAAAAUCAAAGGGCACCAAGCCGUUAUACCCGCCCACCCGCAGGAACUGGGAGAGCAACUAUUUUGGGGUGCCGCUGCAGAACCUGGUCACACCCGACCAGCCCAUUCCGCUAUUCAUCGAGAAGUGCGUGGACUACAUCGAACGCACAGGGCUGACAACAGAGGGCUUAUAUCGCGUGAGCGGGAACAAAACGGAUCAAGACAACAUUCAGAAGCAGUUUGAUCAAGACCACAGCAUGGAUCUGAUCGUCAUGGACGUGGCGGUCAACGCCGUGGCGGGCGCUCUCAAGGCCUUCUUCGCCGACCUCCCCGACCCCCUCAUCCCCUACAGCCUGAACCCGGAGCUAGUGGAGGCAGCAAAAAUUGUGGACCACAUAGAGCGACUGCAAGUGCUGAAGGAAAUCGUGCUGAAGUUCCCCGCGGUGAACUACGAAGUUUUCAAAUAUGUCAUUACUCAUCUUAACAGGGUGAGCCAGCACAGCAAGACCACGCUGAUGACGGCGGACAACCUGUCCAUCUGCUUCUGGCCCACGCUGAUGCGGCCCGACUUCGAGAACAAGGACACGCUCUCCACCACCAAGCUCAACCAGUCGGUCAUCGAGUCCUUCAUCCAGCAGUGCCACUACUUCUUCCACGGCGGGGAGAUCGCCGAGCCGUCGAGCGCCGAGGGGACGCCGCCCCCGCACGCCCACAGCAUGGUGGAGUCGCUCGUCCCCCUCCAGCUGCCCCCGCCCCUCCAGCCCCAGCAGAUCCAGCACCAACUGCAGCCUGACCCGCUAGUGUAGUGGCCCCACCCCCCACUCCCCCCACCGCCAACACGCGCGCACACACACACACACACACUUGCCCUCAAAACCGGUCCCGACGUGUGAGAUCGAGAAAGGAGAGCGCCCCCUAGCUGUGGAUGACUCACGGAGCUUCGAAAAAAACUAAAGAAAAAAAAAAAAUCAAAAAAGAACUUGCUUUUGAAAUC